UCGUCUCAAAUCAAAUCAAAUCAAAUCAAAUCAAAUCUUCCAUCUCCCAAUCCCUCUCUUCCCCUUCCAAAUGGAGGCGAGAGCCGACGACAUAGCCAACGACCUCGCCAGCAUGAGCUUCAACUCCGCCACCACCACCACCACCACCGACAUCCACCGCUCCACCAGCUCCAGCUCCGACUGGACCGCCUCCUCCUCCGCCCACUUCCCUCCCCCCAAACCCCUCUCCCUCUCCCUCUCCCUCUCCGACAUCCGCUUCCUCCACCGCCUCGGGGCCGGCGACAUCGGCGCCGUCUACCUGGCCGAGCUGAAGGCGGAGGCGGGGCUGUUGGCGGCGAAGGUGAUGGACAAGAAGGAGCUGGCGAGCCGCAACAAGGAAGGGAGGGCGAGGACUGAGAAGGAAAUCCUCGAAAUGCUCGACCACCCCUUUCUCCCCACGCUCUACGCCGUCCUCGACUCCCCCAAAUGGUCCUGCCUCCUCACCGAGUUCUGCCCCGGCGGCGACCUCCACGUCCUCCGCCAGCGCCAGCCAUACAAACGCUUCCCCGACUCCGCUGUCAGGUUUUAUGCAUCUGAAGUUGUCGCAGCUUUGGAGUACAUUCACAUGAUAGGAAUUGUAUAUCGUGAUCUUAAGCCGGAGAACAUAUUGGUUCGAUCCGACGGCCAUAUAAUGCUAACCGAUUUCGAUCUCUCUUUGAUGUGUGACGACUCUACCUCCACACCGGCUCAAGUAAUAUCGAGCCACAAUCAGCCAAACGCACCACCUUUGAGCGAGCACGCCAUCGAAACCCAGCCCUUCCGCUCCACCUCUUGCAUCCUUCCAAAUUGCAUUGUUCCCUCCGUGUCGUGCUUUAACCCUAGGCGCAAGCGUAAGAAGAAGCCUGACCGCCACACGGGACCCGCCUUUGUGGCCGAGCCUAUAGAUAUCCGCUCUAUGUCGUUUGUUGGGACCCACGAGUACCUGGCACCCGAGAUUGUCUCUGGGGAAGGUCACGGUAGCGCGGUGGAUUGGUGGACUUUGGGGAUAUUCAUAUAUGAGUUGUUCUAUGGAGUGACGCCUUUUCGUGGGAUGGACCAUGAGAUUACCCUAGAAAAUAUUAUGGCGCGGGCGCUCGAGUUCCCUAAGGAGCCGGCCAUACCUAGUGCGGCCAAGGACUUGAUGUCGCAAUUGCUCGUGAAGGACCCGAACCAACGUAUGGGUUCGACCAUGGGCGCGUCGGCAAUUAAGAAGCACCCCUUCUUCAAUGGAGUCAAUUGGGCGCUAUUGAGAUGUGCAUCUCCCCCUUUUGUUCCUCCUCCGUUUAAGAGAGAUGUUGUAACUAAUCAAGACAACAUUGUUGACUAUUACUAGCACAAAUAGUUUUUGCAAUAUGAAUGUCAAUCUAGCUAUUAAUUAUCA